AUGAGCGGACGAUCACAACACAUUGUGGGAAUUCAUUAUGCAGUGGGCCCGAAGAUCGGAGAAGGGUCCUUUGGCGUGAUAUUCGAGGGUGAAAACGUACUGGGACAGGACUCUGGACCUGUUGCUAUAAAGUUCGAGCCCCGCAGAGCAGAAGCACCGCAACUGCGGGAUGAGUUCAGGGCAUAUAAGAUUCUCGCGGGUCUGUCAGGGAUCCCCAGAGCGUAUUACUUUGGCCAGGAGGGCGUGCACAAUGUGCUGGUCAUCGACUUACUGGGGCCGUCCCUGGAAGACCUGUUUGAAUGGUGCGGUAGGCGAUUUUCGGUGAAAACAACGUGCAUGCUGGCAAAGCAGAUGAUCCGUCGAGUGCAGUCCAUUCACGAGCGGGAUUUGAUCUAUCGGGAUAUCAAGCCCGAUAACUUUCUCGUGGCGCAAUACCAGCGGCAGCUGCCCACCGGCCAACUUGUGAAGAGUUGUGCAGCUUCAGCCAACGGCGAUCCCAAUCUGGUGUACGUGGUGGAUUUCGGGAUGGCCAAGCAGUUCCGGGACCCCAAAACCAAGCAACACAUCCCGUACAAAGAGCGGAAGUCGCUAAGCGGCACUGCUCGAUACAUGUCUAUCAACACGCAUUUUGGGCGCGAGCAAUCGCGUCGCGAUGACCUGGAGUCGCUAGGUCACGUAUUUUUCUACUUUUUGCGCGGAUACUUGCCCUGGCAAGGUCUUAAAGUUGCCAACACCAAAUUAAAAUACGAAAAGAUAGGUUUGACGAAGCAGAAAGUCCGGCCAGAGGAUUUGUUGGAGCGUGAUCUACCACACCAGUUUGCUACAUAUUUGAACUACUGUCGGUCGCUCCGAUUCGAAGAAGAGCCUGAUUACGAGUACCUGAUAUCUCUGAUGACUGGGGCCUUGAAAGAAAAUGGUUAUGAAGAAGACGAGCACUAUGACUGGUUAGAUCUCAACAAUGGACAAUCGUGGAAUAUUGGUAUUAAUAGAAGGGCUAAUCUCCAUGGAUAUGGAAACCCGACCCCCAAGACCUCCCAGGCAGCACGUAAGUCUGCUGGCCCACGGGUCCAUCGUGAUUCUUACUCUAAGGCACAACGGCUGCGGACUCAAAUGACCAGCCAAGCGGCUUUGAGAGACAAGAGCGGCAACGUAAUGCAGAACUAUGACUCCAUGGGUCCACGGAAUGGAAAUUUCUCAGAUGCCCAGCAGAAUGAAAGUGACUCUCUCGAGGAACAUAGCUGCUUCAGAAAACUAUGCUGCUGGUGCGUAUAA